GUAGAUGCCUGCCGAACCCCUCUCUCGUACUGUUUUGCCGGCGCUCCCUGCAGAUCUCCCCCCUUGAGAGGUGAAAUCGGACGAGCAGAACCCACCGGCCUUCAUCCACCGUGCAGCAAGGAGCAUGUUAUUUGUCUGUCCGCUCUACCUCGCCCUCCUCCCCUCCCUCCUCCCACAUCUCAUCAUCCUCAUCGCCCUCCUCCCGCCCUCCUCCUCGGCCUUCGUCGUGCCGCUCGGCAGGGUCGCCGUCUCAUCCUCCUCAUCGCACAACCCGCGGCACACCGCACUAAGGGCUGAGAGUGAGCAGGCUGUGGACUUUGACGAGGCGGUGGAGCUGGUGAACGGGCAGGGCACACCGCUGCUGGUGGACUUCUUUGCCAGAUGGUGGGCAACCGGGCUGGACACACGCACGCAUGUGUGUUGCGUGCUUGCAUUGUGUUGUGGUGACACAAUUGUGUGUCGGUUCGUUCGGUUGUGUGGGUCUGUCUGUGUGCAGGUGUGGGCCUUGUCAGGUGCGCACUCGCACAAUCCGUGUGUGAGUCUCUUGCCGAUCGACCGACUGCAUUACUUCCUUAUCGCAUCGUGUGUCCGUCUGUCUGUCUGUCUGGCUGAUGUGUGCUCCCUCCCAUCGAUUCGAUGAGUGAGUUCAGAUGAUGUCGCCAGUGCUGGAGAGCGUCGCGCGUGACCUCAAAGGCAAGCUGGUCGUGGCCAAGGUCGACACCGACCUCAACGCAGACAUCGCAAAUCGAUACGGCAUUCAGGCACGUGUCAUGUCCACACCACGCACACUCAAUCACAGGAAUAAACGCGCCACAGCCGCCAUUGUGGUGUGUGUGUGUGUAGGGUCUUCCCACGUUGAUUCUGUUCAUGGAGAACAAGCCGGUUCACCGGAUCGAGGGCUACAUGGAGCCACAGGACCUCAUGCGCGAGCUCGAACCAUUCCUCACAUCCGAUGAGGACGAUAGUGAGGGCGGUGAUGACGAAGGCAGCAGCACCCAGAUGGUCGCAGAGGGGGGCGGGCAGCAACCUAAAGUCGAGAGGGAAGAGUAGGGCUUGGCUUGGGAGAGAGAGGCGGUAGAGGGAGGGAGGGAGGGAGGAAGGCAGGGAGGCCACGCACGACCCUGUUGUGUCGUGUGGUUGGUUUGAUGGGAUUGUUGGUUAGGUAGGUAGCUGAGUGUUUUUCUCGUGAGGUCUUCAAGUUGUCUUGUCGUCGUGCAGUACGUGUCGUGUCAUCUUGUCUUGUUGCUUUGGAUCGCAUACAUCCAGCUGGGAGAGUGACAGACAGAGACAGCUGGACCGAUUCGUGCACUCGUCCGACAUUGAUGGGUCCGUGCCAGCCCAGCCAGUUGAUUGUGUUCGUGUCAGUCAGUCAGUCGCC